AAAGCAAAAAUUGGUGAAACAAAGCGCGUUUCCUGUAAUUUCGAAUAAUAAAACGAUUAUUGUACUCAAACUUUUAAGCGUGUGAAAGACUAAACUGUACUAUGUGAAAUUUUCAUUUAAGUAUUUUGAAAAUUCGUCCUUUAAGGUGUGGUUGUCAAAGAUCGCUUAGAAAAAAAGGUGUCUUCGCGGCGGCCAAUAUGAGAUAUUUAUUCAUGAGAUAUUUAUCUAUACAUAAGCAAUCAUAUAUUUCCUGUUAGAUCAGUGCGUUUCGUGAAUAAACAAAGUAUUUAGUAUGAAAGUGGAAAAUUGCACGCAAAAGAUACAAUUCGUUUUCAAAUCAACACCAACUACUGGAUAUAUAAAAAUUGGUUAAAAAGAUUGGUCCAACUAUCUCUUCGACUGCCUUUGAAACUUUCGCAGUUGCGGAGAUUGUUAGUGAACAGAUUUAAAUGAAGUAGCAGAAGGCAUGCAGAUGUAUAUAGUCGAGUUCUAAAAAAUUAUUUUUUUCUUUUUGUAAAAAUAACUAAUCCUUCUAGCCAACUAGCAUUUACAAAACCAAUUUUUGGCCCGAGUUGGUGACACGACUCGGAUCUCGACUAGCAACUAGCAACUCAGUGGUCGUGGGUUCAAAUGUCAAGUACGAUAAACUUUUCAAGCAAGUCGAAAGCCUUAGAUGCUGGCAAAAGUAGUUAUAAUAAUAAUGAUAAUGAUAAUAAAUGAUUUAAGCAUUAUUUUUCCCUUAAAGUCGGCCGGAAAAGUUCUUAUAAGCAGCACCUUAAUGUGGACAAUAAAAAGCUUUAAUGUUAUAUUAAUUUAAAUAAGUGUUAUUUUAACACUUAAAGUGGAGAAUAAUUACUCCUACUCUUCGAUUUAUUGUUAUUGUUGUUGAUAGAAAAAAUGUAAUCUAUGACAUCAUGAAAUUGGAAAAUAUUUAAAAAGUUUUUUGCUCCUUCACGUAGAGCAUAGCCUUUGUUUGCUUUUACAAACUUUCGUUGACCUUUAGCUAACUAUAUUUUGUUAAAUAUUAUGACGGACAUACCUUGUCAGCCAAUAAUUGAGGUUCUUAUUAUACAAAGAAAAAACCAACAAACAAGAAUAAUUUUAAUAAGUGCAACUAAAUAAUCGACUUUUGUUUGGCGUUCAGAACCGCCUAUUUAUAUAACCUCUAAUACACAAUAAGAGAAGCGAGCUUAUCUACUUAUUAAAAAUCUUCCUUAAAAUAUUAAAUUUAAAUAUAAAAGAAACAAACAAAAUCUCAAGCGAGAUGAAAAUCAAUAAAAAGAAAAUUAAAGGAAAAUAUGACAAUUAAUUCUAAUAACUAGAAUGUCCUUAAAGCGUUUUUUAAUUUUGACUACUGCUGUCAAUAUUCUUAAGCGAAACGAUAAUAAGAACGACAGCGACAGCAAUUUCAAUAAACGAAAUACAACAACAUCAACACCAAUAGAAACAAUACUUCAAACUAUGAGAUUUGCAGAAGGCACACUGGAACCGAUACCUCUACAAGAUUACGAAAAAGAUAUACGAAAUCAAAAUAUUGCUUCAACACCAGAAGUGACUACAACAGAACAAAAAACCGCUAAAUUAGUUAGUUAUGCACACGACAAUUACACUUUUGCGCCUGCUAUCGCCAGUAAUGUCAGUUACGUAGAUGAUGAUGAUGAUGAUGAUGAUGAUGUGGAAGUAAGGGGUAGUGGUGCUAAUAGUAACAAUAGUGAAGGUAUUCGUAACUAUGGCGCUCCGAUUACUACAACAUACUAUGGCAGUGGGUUUGGUAUUUUUCACCAACAAACAAUUCGUUCGAAUGGUGGUGGCAUAGCGUUAGUAACAGGCAGCGGCAGCGGUGUCAAUGUUAAUACGUACGCUCACGGUGUUAACACGAAUGUUAAUCUUCUUUUAGGAGGUGCUAUGCUAACAUUGAUGACAACGGUACUUUGUAUUGUUUGUUAUUGCUGUCAUCGUAGCAUUAAAAAGCGUACGGAGGCUGCUUACCGACAACAACAUCAAUGGCUGGAAAAUGAUCCAAAUAUGGAAAUUUAUAGCGUCGAACAGUGCUAUGAAACAUCCGGAUUAUUUUUAGCUGAAUCCACAGAGGGCUUAUCGGCGAUGUCAACUCUUCAUCAUGAACCACCGCCCUCGUAUGAUGCUGUAGUUGCCAUGCAAGAACGUCAGCAAUUGUUAAUGCAUCAACAACAACAACAAUUAAUGUUGCAGCAACAAAUCCAACGUAAUUCACCGCCACCUGGCUACCGAUCGACUUUAGAUGUCUAUAGCGUAUCACAGGCGACAUCAGCUCUAACUGGUGCGUCUCUUAACUAUACCAAUGAAGCAUCGGGCAGUUGCAGUCCCCAGUCCGCCGAUAAUAGAUUAUCAAAUGCCUGCACUUUUCAAAAUGAAAAUACUAUGAAGCAUAAUUUAUGUUUGAAUACGAAUCAAUUAAGCAAACAGCACAGAGCGUUGGCUAAUGCAAAUUUGCCAGAUUUGAAUAUGAAAAAAGUAUUAAAUGCCCAAUCGUGCUGCUCCCUCCAACGGGCCGAAGUUGAAAACAUGUGGAAUGCGGCAGCUGCCGCUUUGGCGGCAAGAGAAAGGCCCACGAAUAGUUCGCCGACAAUAGUCGCAAGUGUGCAUAAAUCUCUACCCUAUACUGCAAUGGCGGUAGCGAAUGCAAUAAAAUCCAGCAGCCCCGAAACAUUUGGCACCAGAUAUUUAAAACAAAACAGUUAUCAAAGCGGUUGUCCUUUAUGUGGCAAAUUUCGUUACGAUGACGAGUCUACACAUUCAUUGUCUAUUGAAAGCGGCUUACAUAAUUUGGCAUCAGGUGGCAUUGAUGAUGAAGAAGAGUUAGAAGCUGCCUCUUACCACAACAUAUCAAGAGAAAAACAAAAAGAAGAAAAACAAGAAAACAAUUUACUGCAGAAUUUUGGCGGAAACGGCAUAAAGCAGCGAGAAGAAGAGGAAGACGGACAUGAAGAAGAAUGCAGUUGUAUCAGUCUGCAAAGUAAGCAACAGCCAAGAGACAACGAAAGACAAGCAUUUCAUAACAACAAAGAAACCGCUAACACUGUUUGCCGACAAGGCACAACGCCGUUUUUCUUAUGUAACAAUAACCAAACAUAUAACGAUGAUGCCGACGAUGAUUGCGAAAUAAAUAAUUGCGAUGACGAUGAGCUUACUGUCAUAGAUAACAAAUUCAUUAACACUACAGCAUUAAAUGACAGCAAUCCAGGCGAAAUUAUUUUAAAUUCUAAGGAAUCUUACAGCGAUAACAAUAACAACAGCAAUAAUAAUAACAACCAAACGGACCGUAAUUCCAAUAUUUCGUUGUUAAGUUUGGCGAGCAAUGCAAAUUCGAAUGCACAGGAUAACAAUAACAAUAGUACCUCAGAAUUAACAACAACAUUAUUAAAUUCUCCCCUAACCUCGUGCAAACGUCCCUCUAUUUCUACAGAGUCAAAUAAUGCGGAUGAAUAUUCAUUCGCCUCGACUACGUUGAAUUUGGAUCGUAUUAAUGAAAACGGUAUCAUAAGUUUGGAUAUGAGUAAAAUUAUUGAUAAAACCGGUCUACCCACCUACGAUGCGGCCUUAAAAUUAGAAUCUAGUGGUUACGUAUAAACAAAAUAUACACGG